AUGCGGUCUGCUGUAUUCGUUUCCACUCUCAUAGGUGCGGCAUUGGCCGAGCGCCCUUUCCUGAACGAGCCUGACACUGGAAUUGAAGAUGUCUUUGGUGACACGCCCGACGGAGAACUGAUCCCACUGGACGGCAUUGUUGGUCUUCCAGAUUUCGACUGGGCCGCACGAAAGGCAAUGCCCAUUGCAAAUUACAGCUAUUACCGUAAUGGCGCUGGAGGCGAAUGGUCAUACCGCAACAAUCUAGAGAUCCACAACAAGUAUCCCUUGAGGCCAAAGAUGAUGGUGGAUAUCCUGGAUAUCGAGUCAACUCUGCCAACCACCAUCCUGGGCUACAACGUGUCUGCGCCGUUUUUCAUCUCUCCGUGCUCUAGGGGAGCGUAUGGUAACCCAGAGGGUGCUGAGAGAGGCUUGAUCGAGGGCGCUGCAGCCAAGAACAUUCUCUACAUGGCCGCCUUCUAUGCCAACCUACCCAUCGAGGAGAUUGGCGAGAUCGCAGCAGAUAACCAGACCUUCUUCCGCCAAGUGUACCUGGACCAGAACGACACGACCACGCAAAGUGUUUUUGAUAGCGCCGCUGCCGCUGGUGCAAAGGCCAUCAUAUACACUGUUGACAGCGCCGCCAACGGCGUUCGCCACCGCGCCGCACGCUAUGGUGUCGGCUCGGCAGAUACCGCCUACUCAUACAUUACCUGGGACGAGUAUGCCCGCCUCAAGACCUUGACCGAUCUCCCCAUUAUCAUCAAGGGCCUACAGACCGUCGAGGACGUACAAGAGGCCGUCGCCCGAGGCGCCGAUGCAGUGUACCUGUCGAACCACGGAGGGCGGCAGACGGACGGCGUGCGCUCGCCUCUCGAGGUCGCCAUCGAGAUCCACAACCAGGCCCCCGAGCUGUUCUCGCAGAUUGAGAUCUACGCCGACGGCGGUAUUCGGUACGGCACCGACGUGCUCCGGCUCCUAUCCCUCGGUAUCCGCGCCGUUGGACUCGGCCGGCCCUUCAUGUAUGCCAACGUCUACGGGCGCGAGGGUGUCGAAAAGGCCAUUGACCUCCUGCGCUCCGAGCUUGCAUGGGAUGCCGCCAAUAAUGGCGUGACAGACCUGAGAAACGUUAGCUCUUCUAUCGUGAGUUACGGCCCCUUUCUAAAUUUGUGUUUCUGUGUCCAAGUCUGA